AUGACAAGAGAUGAAACAAAAGGAAUUAAAUCAUAUUAUGUAUCAAAGAUUGAAGAAUUAGAGAUUAGAGUAAAUGAAAAGUCACAAGAUCUUAGAAGAUUGGAAGCACAGAGAAAUGAAUUAAAUAAUCGUGUUAGAAUGCUUAAAGAGGAGCUUCAAUUGCUUACUAAUCCAGGUUCGCAUGUAGCAGAGGUUGUAAAGUUGAUGGGUAGAAACAAGGUGUUGGUCAAGGUCAACCCAGAAGGAAAGUUUGUCGUAGAUAUCGACCCAUCGAUCGAUGUCUCCAAACUCACUCCAUCCACCAGAGCUGCUUUAAAGCACGAAUCCUACACACUUCAUCGUAUCCUACCAAACAAGAUCGAUCCAUUGGUCAGUUUGAUGAAGGUCGAAAAGAUACCAGACUCUACCUAUGAUAUGGUCGGUGGUUUGGACAAGCAGAUUAAAGAGAUUAAAGAGGUUAUAGAGUUGCCAAUCAAACAUCCAGAGUUGUUUGAAAGUCUUGGUAUCGCUCAACCAAAAGGUGUAUUAUUAUAUGGCCCACCAGGUACCGGCAAGACUUUGUUGGCUCGUGCCGUCGCUCAUCACACAGAUUGUACAUUUAUUAGAGUUUCUGGUUCAGAAUUGGUUCAAAAAUAUAUUGGUGAAGGUUCUCGUAUGGUUAGAGAAUUAUUUAUUAUGGCUAGAGAACAUGCACCAAGUAUUAUUUUUAUGGAUGAAAUUGAUUCUAUUGGUUCAUCUAGAAUUGAAAGUGGAUCUGGUAGCAGUGAUAGUGAAGUACAAAGAACAAUGUUGGAAUUAUUGAAUCAAUUGGAUGGUUUUGAAAGCACAAAGAAUAUCAAGGUUUUAAUGUGUACCAAUCGUAUUGAUAUUUUGGAUCCAGCUCUUCUUCGUCCAGGUAGAAUUGAUAGAAAGAUUGAAUUCCCAAAUCCAGGUGAUGCUGGACGUUUGGAUAUUGUAAAGAUUCAUUCAAGAAAAAUGAAUUUGACAAGAGGUAUUAACCUUAAAAAGAUUUCAGACAAGAUGAAUGGUGCUUCUGGUGCAGAAAUCAAGGCUGUUUGUACUGAGGCUGGUAUGUAUGCUCUCAGAGAAAGAAGAAUCCAUGUCAGUCAAGAAGAUUUUGAAAUGGCUGUAUCAAAGGUCAUGAAGAAGGAUUCCGAACAAAACAUGUCUCUCAACAAAUUAUGGAAGUAA